UUCUUAUUGCAAUAUUUGAAAUAAUAUGAUUGUUCAUGGGGGGAGAUCUCUUUUUUCUCUAUCAAGUAUAAGAUAUAUAAGAUACAAGAUACAUUUCAUGUGAAUAUGGAAGUGUAAACAUCAAUCAUGUAACAAGUGGUGAUUUAAACGUGCAAAAAUGACAGUACAUGUAUCUGCACCAAAUUAUUCGCGAAUUAUCGCGACAUUAAUUCUAUGGAUGCGAUGUGCGCAAAUUUGUGGGGGAAUCGAGGCUGAAAUCGAGCUCAAUGUGGAAGGAAGCGGAUUUCAUAGAACAUUGAUUUAUCACGUGUAUUUCAAGGACCUUAUCAUUGACAACUGUCAAGCUGCCAUUUACAUGGAAUUACCAUCAGCAUUAUAUGUCAAUGUCGAUGAAAUAGCAGAAUUGAGAAGAAAGGAUGCGAGUACAAUCUGUUCCGUAGGUGAAACUGACAUCGAGCUAUUUGCUGAGAAGGCUGGUCGGCAAAACGUGACAGCUUGUGCAUCCGUACGUUCAUCAUCGACUAAUUUAAUGAUCCCGCUUCAUCAGCGUUAUCGGUACGCCCAUGAGACCGGUGGCUACGUCGACGCAACAGUGCCUGAUCCGAAGCUGCUUCUGGGAUGUCGAGAGAGGCUCAGAGACCAUAGAGUGUCUAAGACAGAUCUGUGUGAACCAUGUGUCAGUCUGGCAGUCAAAUGGCGAGAAAUUCCUUAUCGUAUGUUGAACUAUCAUACAUAUGUGUGGCCGAUCCCAGUCGGAGACUCAUCCCUUUCGACGUUUGUCACUUACACCACGUUAUUAGCAACAGUUAUCGGCGCGAUAUUCAUCUUACGAGCCAUUCGGACCAAUACGUUGAAUCAUGCGAAAGAAGACUGAGGUAGCUUAAGAUUUAAUAUACAAAUAAUUUUACAGCUAAAGAAAUUUUUUAUUAAUGGUUAUUUCAAAUAGAUUAGGUGUUCAUGGCUUCUAUAUGAAAACUCAAGAAGAUAUUAUAUAAUCUUACAACUUUUUCAAUUGUGAUGUUAAAUAGUUUUAAGAUUAAAUUUAUUAGAAAUUAUAAAUUAUCAUUAUCA